AUGUCUGCUGUUAAGGAUUGGGUAAAAGCCUCACACGUUGCUGCUGUUAGAAUGGACAGAGUGCCAAUCCUCAUUGUUUGGAAUCCCUUUGGUUAUGAUCAAUUUGAUGGGUCCAGAAAAGUGUCCUCUGGAGAUUGGAUUGGAGGGUUCUAUGUGAAUCUGGCCAAGGGUCAGAUCUUGGAGGCUGAGAUUUGGGGGUUAUUGUUUGGGUCUCAAGCGUGCUCUGACUAA